AUGAAGUUUCAAAAUGUCCUCAACACCGGCCUCCUCUCCAUCCUGCCGACGUCGUCAGUGUCCCAAGCGCGGCCUCCGCGCACGGCAUUGAGUCUGCCCUUCGACAUCGGCCCCUCGACGCCCGAGAACACGGCAAACUACACGCCGCCCGUCUUCCCCAUCGCGCCGUUCAACAAAUACGCCCAUAACCCGAUCUUGAAGCCCAAUCCCGCCGCCAACUGGGAGUCGGCGUACCUCUACAACCCGACCGCCAUCGUCCUCAACGAGACCGUCUUUUUGCUGUAUCGCGCGCAGAACACGUCCAAGACGUCCUCCAUCGGGCUCGCGUGGUCCACCGACGGCGUCAACUUCACCCGCCUCAACCGCCCCGUCGUGUACGCGACCGAGCCCUGGGAGCACAUCGGCGGGACCGAAGAUCCUCGGAUCAUCCGUGUCAAUGGCACGUUUUACAUGACCUACACCGCAUACGACAGCGUGACGGCACUGCUCUGUCUCGCCACGUCGACGGACCUCUUGAACUGGCAAAAGUACCCCCCUCUGUUCCCUGGGUUCCAGGACGUGGAGUACUCGGACAUCGACGUUGCCUCGCCGCGCAUCAACCACUCCAAAUCCGGCGCCAUCAUCAGCGAACCGACAGCCGACGGCCUGUACCACAUGUACUUUGGCGACAGCUUCUUCUACCACGCAACCUCGCGGGAUCUCUUGAACUGGACGGCACUGCCCGCCGACCAAUACUUCGCCGGCCCCGUCAAUCCGUGGGAGAACCGCCUGAUUGAGCCCGGGCCGCCGCCUGUCAAAACGCGAGAUGGGAAGUGGUUGCUCAUUUACAACGGCAUGACGACGGGUCGCGUGGGAUACCCGCAGAACCAGUACUCGGUGGGUCAGAUGCUCAUCGACCCUUCUGGCUCGUUUCGGCCGACGAUAAAUGUCAGCGAUGGGAUGUACCAGCCGGCAUUGAGGGAUGGGCCAGUGGCGAGGCUGGAGAGACCAAUAUUGGUGCCCGAGGCUGGCAAUGAGAAGAAGGGCCAGGUGGAUCAGGUGGUCUUCGCCGAGGGGUUGGUUCAGUUCAAGGGUAAAUGGUUCUUGUACUUUGGUAAGUGGAACUCGUCCUUUCUCGAGAGAACAUUGAAUGACAACAUCCCGCUGACCAGCACAACAGGACAAGGAGAUAGUGAAUUGGGGGUUGCCAUCGCUGAUGUGCAGCUUGAAACGCAAGAUCUUGCGUGA